AUGAUUAGCUUAAUUUGGAAUUGCCAAGGGGCGGCUUCGAAAGAUUUUUGCCGCACCCUCAAGCACUUUGUUAGGAUUCAUAAUCCUUCCAUUGUGUGUCUUCUUGAACCUAAGGUGUCGGGAGCCCAUGCAAAUAGCAUAUGCGCUAGCUUUGGCUUCCCCGAAUGGAUUAGAGUAGAGGCGAUUGGAUUUUCCGGGGGGAUUUGGGUCCUCUGGAAGAACAACGUAACUCUAGAUAUUAUCCAAACUCACCCACAAUUCCUGGCUGUGCAGGUGAAUGAAGUUGGUCUUGAGCCUUGGGCCCUGUCGUUCGUUUACGGCAGCCCCAACCUGCAGCUGAGGAGAAAACUGUUUGCAGAAUUGUCAUGUCGUAACUUGAACCUUCAAGGGCCGUGGCUCUCAGUUGGGGAUUAUAACUCCGUGACAUGUCAGGGUGAAGUCAGCAAUCCGGACACGUUCAACCACUCCAGAUAUGUCGACUUUUCAGAGUGGAUUUUCAGAGAGGGACUACUUGAUCUUGGUUAUACGGGCGCGCCCUUCACUUUGAUGAGAGGGGUGAACUCAUCAACCUUCAGGGGUGCCCGUUUAGACAGAGCUUUAGCCAACAUAGAAUGGAGAUUAAGGUUCCCUGAAGCCCAAGUUCAGCAUCUCUCGAUGGUCGCGUCUGAUCACUCCCCUUUGUUAGUAAACACCUGCAUUUCUGCAUCUUCCCACCUAAACCAUCGUAUGAGAUUCAAGUUUAAUGCUGCCUGGACUACCCAUCCGAAGUUCCAAGAUUUUAUAGGCCAAAUGUGGAGCACAACAGGGGAGCUAGAAUCAGAAAAAAAGUCAGUAGCGGAGGCUCUUCAAGCUUGGAACAGGAAUGUAUUUGGCAAUAUUUUUCAACGGAAGAAUCGCACUCUGGCCAGGUUAAAAGGAGUGCAACGCUGUUUGUGCACCAAAGUAACCCCCAAUUUGUUAAGACUGGAAAGAAAGCUUCGUGAGGAGUUGGAAAAUACCCUCUACCAAGAGGAACUCUUAUGGUACCAACGCUCAAGGGAAGAAUGGAUUCGGGGGACCGGAAUACCCGCUUUUACCACACAGCCACUAUGGCUAAGAACAGCAACAGGAAAAUUUCCAAAUUAA